UCGGUGUGACGCUCAGCUUUUCUUCCUCUUCUAAUGAGUAGGCUGAGCCGCUUAUCGUCGGUGUGUCGCUUCGUUAGACCAGCCGCCGUUGUUGCAUCAUCAUGGCUCUAUCCUGUUUAGCCGGGACCAAUCCGCUGCCCGUCAACUCUAGAACUUCAUGUCCCGUAGGCGGAUCAGUGGCUUCCGGUCGCAAUGGGGGCGUCAUGAAGACGGAAGCGGGAAGCGUCGAGACGAUGCUCGACGCUCAGUGUAACGGCGAUCCGAACAACAGUUCGGGCGCCGGCAGUGGCCACCAAUCCAAUCCUGGAACGCCUUCGCCCAACAACAGCAGCAACGACGGACCAAUCGGCAAUGGCCGUUCCAGCAGCGCUUUAUCGGCUCCGUCACCCGUCGGCGCCAAUCUGACCAUACCGCUCUUUUCUCACCAACAUCACCACCAUCAACAGCAGCAGCAGCAACAACAGCAACAGCAACAGCAACAACAACACCAAGCUGCGUUGGCAGCGGCCGGCAUCUUUCGGGCCGCCACAUUGGCUCAAUCGUAUCCGGCCGGAAUGGUGGGACAACUCGGCCCGCAUUCUCACCAUUUGCCCAGUUUGAUGGCCAGCCUACAGGCCGUCGCUGCGGCCGGCGUUGGCGGAGUGCCGCUCCACCAUCACCACAACAACCGGGCGGCGGCGGCAGCGGCCGCCGCCGCCGCCCUGGGCGGACUCAUGCCCGGCGUGACGCUGCCCUUCAAUUUCCCGUCCAUGUCGCAUCAGCACCAGAGCGCUCUGCUCAAUUGGUCCAAAUUGGCGCAGAGCGCCGCGGCGGCCGCUGCGCUAGGCGUCGACGGACUCGGCUCCAUCAUCCAGCAACAGCAGCAGCAACAACAACAACACCAUCUCCUUCAGCAACAACAACAACAACAACAGCAGCAACUGUCGCCCGAUUCGUCGUCGAACCCGAUCCGCAAAAACAGCAGCAACAACAGCAGGAACAACGGCACCAACAACCACAACAACAGCGGCCAGCAUCCGCUGGUGACGACCGGUUGCUACACGGGCGGAUUGAUCGUGUCGCACCACGCCGACCACGUCCUGCCGUCGGUCGUCCAUCAGCUGACGAAGAACAACGCCAAGAGCGGCAACAACAAGACGGUCAAAGCGGCCGUGGCCCGGCGCAACGCCAAAAACAGCCGCAGCUCCAUGCGCGACCGUGAGCAACAGACGCUGCACAACUUGCAGGAUCACCAUCUUUUGCUGGCCGCCGGUGCGGAAGACAACCACCACCACCACCACCACCACCACCUCAACCACCAUUUGCAUACGCGCUUGGCCAGCACGCUGAUGGGCAUGAAGCCGGCCGAUUUGAUCAUGACGUCCGACGCCGACCCGAUGGUCAGCCCGGCGGCCAGCAGUUCGCCUCCGUCCGUCAACGGCUCGAGCGGUGGCGGCGGCGGCGGCGACGGCGGCAGCGGCAGCGGCAGCAGCAACAGCAGCCGCAGUUCGCUCAAGUCUGGCCAUCUCAAUCCGGCUUCUGCCGGCCAGACGCCAGCCAGCAACGCCAGUCAAGGUGGCCAGCAAGCGGACAGCCGUAGCGUGUCUUCGGUGGUGGACAAUGUGUCGCUCUCUUCAUCGUCGCAACAACAGCAACAACAGCCGCGGGACAAGGUGUUCAGCUGCUCGAUCUGCCACCGGACGUUCGGCUACAAGCACGUCCUGCAGAACCACGAGCGGACGCACACGGGCGAGAAGCCGUUCGAGUGCAAGCAGUGCGGCAAGAGAUUCACCCGCGACCACCACCUCAAGACGCACAUGCGCCUGCACACGGGCGAGAAGCCGUACAACUGCACGCACUGCGACCGCCAGUUCGUCCAGGUGGCCAAUCUGAGGCGCCACUUGCGCGUCCACACGGGAGAGCGGCCCUACGCUUGCGAAUUGUGCACGUCGCGAUUCUCCGACUCGAACCAGCUCAAGGCCCACAUGCUCAUCCACAAGGGCGAGAAGCCGUUCCAGUGCCAGCUCUGCUCCGGCAGAUUCCGCAGGAGGCACCAUCUCAUGCACCACAAGUGCCCCAAAGAUCCGAACGGCUUGGCGGCGGCCACGGCCAACGCCAGGCCGCUCGGACUGGUGGCCGCCAGCCGGACGACGCCCACCAGCGUCAAGAUGAUGGGACUGACCACCAGGGACAUUCAUCACCUGGUCGACGAUGAUUUGGAGAGCGAACCGCCACCCACUCCGUCCAGUUGUUACGCCAGUCCGCCCGACGAGGACGACGAAGAUUUGGACGAGGAGGAAGAUUUGGUCAUGCCUUUGAUGCAGCAACAACAACAACAACAACAACAACAACAGCUGAAGGCGACGAGUCAGACGGCCGGAAAUAGAGGACGGAAGCCGCGCGAGACUCGGCGAGUCGUCCGGCCGUCGGGAAAUGCGAAGGGCAAACAUGGGCAGGCCGUCGGUCGGUCUACCACACCGCAAGGGCCGGAGCAGACGGAACCGGAGGACUUGUCGACGUCGUCUCGCGUCCGGCACGCCUCGACGUUCAGCGUCGGAUCGACGGGCGGAUGGAGCGCCGCCGGUUCGGUGUCGAUCGAUUUGAAUUCGGAUCGCGACGACGACGUGGAAGACGACGACGAAGAUGAUGGCGUCGACGCGCUUUUAGUGGAGCCUCAUCACCACCACAUGGACGAAGACGACGACGACCUCUCGGACACGGCCGAUCUCAUCCAGCAUCAGCGCAAGAAGCGUCGCAACGCCCUCGAUCUCGUCCACGCCCGCGAAACUCAGGUGGCCAAGUAAA